AUGGCAGGAGAGAGAUCAAAGUUAACAACAAACCACUUUUAUAAUCAUCAGAUUAUUCUUUGUUACUUUCUUAUCAUCUCACAAGUUUCCAUUGCCUCAAGCAACACGAGUAAUGUAGGAGUUAACUGGGGAAUAAUGGCGAGUCACCAGCUUCCACCAGAAAAGGUUGUGAAGAUGCUAAUGGACAAUAGUUUCACUAAGCUGAAACUAUUUGAAGCCGACCAAAACAUCUUAGACGCUCUAAUUGGCUCAGACAUUGAAGUCAUGAUAGGAAUACCAAACCGGUUUCUUAAAGAAAUGGCUCAAGAUACAUCUGUAGCAGCUUCAUGGGUUGAAGAAAACGUUACUGCUUAUUCUUACAACGGUGGAGUCAACAUCAAGUACAUAGCUGUUGGAAACGAGCCUUUCCUUCAGACAUAUAAUGGAACUUACGUUGAGUUCACAUUACCAGCUCUUAUCAACAUCCAACGAGCACUAGAGGAAGCUGAUCUGAAAAAUGUGAAAGUCACUGUUCCUUUCAACGCAGACAUCUAUUUUUCCCCUGAAGCGAACCCUGUUCCAUCAGCUGGAGACUUUAGACCUGAGCUAAGGGAUGCAACGAUUGAGAUAAUCAAUUUCUUGUAUUCACAUGAUUCGCCUUUCACGGUUAACAUAUACCCUUUUCUUAGUCUCUAUGGAAAUGCUUACUUUCCUUUGGAUUUUGCCUUCUUUGAUGGGACUAACAAGUCUUUGAGAGAUGGAAAUUUGGUCUACACCAAUGUGUUUGAUGCGAAUCUCGACACUUUGAUUUGUGCUAUGGAGAGAUAUAGCUUCUUGGGGAUGAAGAUCAUUGUAGGAGAGGUCGGGUGGCCUACGGAUGGAGACAAGAACGCUAAUGUAAAGAGUGCAAAGAGAUUCAAUCAGGGAAUGGUAAAGCAUGCUAUGUCUGGAAAUGGAACGCCUGCGAGGAAAGGAGUGAUUAUGGAUGUUUACCUUUUCAGCCUUGUUGAUGAGGACGCCAAGAGUAUAGCACCGGGGACUUUUGAGAGGCACUGGGGGAUCUUUGAGUUUGAUGGGAGACCGAAAUAUGAGCUUGACUUGUCAGGUAAAGGAAAUGACAAGCCUUUGGUUCCUGUGGAAGAUGUGAAGUAUCUGCCCAAAACUUGGUGUAUUCUUGACCCUAAUGCAUAUAACCUCGAUGACUUGCCUGAUAAUAUCGACUAUGCUUGUAGUUUGUCUGAUUGCACAGCACUCGGGUAUGGAUCCUCUUGUAACCAUCUCACUGCUACAGGAAAUGUUUCAUAUGCCUUUAAUAUGUAUUAUCAGAUGCACGAUCAGAAAACAUGGGACUGCGAUUUCUUGGGGUUGGGUUUGAUCACAGAUGAAGAUCCAUCUGAUGAACUUUGCGAGUUCCCUGUAAUGAUUGAUACAGGAGAUUCAACGAGGUUGCAGCCUGGAUCUUCAAGAGUGUUGACCAGAGUCGCAGCCGCGGUUUUAGUUAUGUUGGUCCUUCCCAUCUUGUAG